AUGAACUUUAACCUCCCUUGCUUUAUUCCUUCAUACCCUAUUUAAUAAACGGCCUUUGUUUAUGUCCCAUUCUUUUAAUCUUACCCCUCAUUUACCUACUAGGUGCAAGCAUAACAACUUUAAACAUUUGUACCCCAAAUCAAAUCCAUGCAAUAGCUUCCAUAAUUAGAAUCUCAAGAGCUCAAUUAGAGAAGAAUAGAAUAACCACAAUAAAAGGAAACAGAAAAUUGUUCUAAUUCUUCUGAUUUAUUGGCUAUAAUAAGUGCAAAUAUCACAUAGGAUAAGCCAAUAUAAGAAAAAGUAAAAAUAUCAAAGCCUACACAUCAUUUCAAUUAGGUUUAAUUUGAAAAAGAAUCAAAAAAUAUCUAAAAGAAUUACGCCAAAGCCAUUGCUAGCUUUAUCUAUAAAAAUAAAUAAUUAACUUCUAAAAUCCUUAACACUUCAGAAGUUGAUGAGUUUAUUAAAUUAGUAAAGCUAAUAAAAAACUAAAUCUAAAAUGUUAGUCAUAUUUCUUAAUAUACAAACAAAUAGGAUUUUAUAAGGGCUUUUAGAAUUUUAGGAAAUUAUUUCUUAAAAACAAAAAGUAAUUCCUAUAUAUUCAAUUCCAGAAUAUAAAAAAAGAAUAGCCAUCUUAGACAUAAAAAAUUAAUUCAUCAUAGUCUGCUAAGAUGUUGA